AUGAAGAGUUGCAUCUCGUGCCGCUGCAUCUGGCUCUGCUUCAAGGCGCUGAGCGGCGGCGUUCUUCUGAUCGCCAUCGGCGUCGGCAUGACCGUCUUCGGCUUCUACGCCGACACCUUCGCCGUCCAGGAGCAGCUCGACGAGGACACCAACACCACCGUUCACGUGGUCAACGAGCACCUCAAGCUGCACAUCCACAACCUCACGUACGUGGGGCCCGUGUUCAUGGGACUAGGGGGGAUGAUGAUAGUGGCCGCCUGUGUCCUCAUCGACGCCCAAGAGGACGCCGAGGCCAGAGCGGCCCGACGGAGGGCCUCGGACGCUGAGGGCACGGAGCAGCUGAUAGCCAAGGCAGAGCCUUGUAAUGGACCUUUCUAUAGCUUGGACCUACCGCCCGCAAAGGUGCCCGAUAAGGGCGGUGGGCAGGAGGUGGUGACAGUCGCCGAGGUGGUCGCCCUGCCGAAUGGACCUAAUACGCCACGGCCACCUUUACCCUUGCCAGUUUCGCCGACGGAGACUUCCUCGAGUCUCUCGUCGCCGCCCCUCAAAGUGGCCGUCCGCCAGAAAAAGAAGAGGAAGAACAGCAGUAGCACGUUCAGUUUCCUGAGCCCCCUCUUCGACGUGCCCUCCCCGCAGGACAUCCAGAUCCUGGACCCGGACGGAUGCACGCCGGACGCCGGAUUCAGCCUCGAGAUGGACGUCCUCAACACCAUCAAGUGCCACCCACCGCCGCGACUCCAGCUGGAACCCCGCUACCUGGCGUCCAUCGAGAGCGACGGACUCUCGGACAGUGACACGGCUGAGACCGAGUUCAGCGGCAGCCUCAAGGGCAGAUUCUGCUCGGAGGGGCAGGACAUGCCCCUGCUGGGCAGGUGCAGUCCUCCCUCCUCGCCCGAGUACCCCAUGGAACCUUUGCUCAAGAGGGACCGGACGGGUCUGCGCAGGUUCCAGCUAAUGCGACAGGUGCCCCACAACUCGCGGACGCUCUUCGACGGGCCCUCGUCUGAGGGGGGCUCCAGAUAG